GACUAUGGUGAGCUGGAACGACACUAUCAGUUCCUGCCGAACGCGGCGGCCAACGAAGAAUCUAGUAUCUCGACUCACCCGCAAGGUGACACUUGGCAAGAGCGGAUGGUGAAACGUUAUCACGAUCAUCUUUAUAAAGACUAUGUAUUGGCAGACUUCUCUAAGGCGCGAGAGAAGCAGCUUGGCCUACGAUGGCGAACCGAACACGAAGUGCGGAUCGGAAAAGGAUCACAGUCGUGUGGCAACAAAAAAUGCCCUUCUCACGUAUCGAAGGAAUGUGAGAGACUCAAAUGCGUGGCCCAUGGUGUGCACCUCUCCAAUUUUGAAGUUCCAUUUUCCUAUAACGAGCAUGCGAUACAGAAAAUCGAGCUGGUAAAGUUAUGCCUUUGCCUGAGAUGCGCUCCGCUACUC